AUGGCAAACAGCGUCAGCCACUUAACAAGUUGUUUAGCAGCAAAAUUUCUUUCAGAGUGGAAAAGAACUUGGGAAUUACUAUGUGGGAUUGACCCGGAAAAUCUGUUGUUGGCUAAGAUUAGAGGGUUCUUAAGCUUCCACGCCAGCGCAUUUCUUCGAGGAAGAGCAGAUAAGCCAGAUAUUGCCAUAGGGGUCCUUCACGUUGCCCACACGCCUGCCGCAGCACGAGUCAUCACCCUUGGAGAUCUCUCCUUCCGUAGUGGCGCCGGCGUUCACGGCCAGGCCAAGGAAGCUUCGACGUCCUCAAUCUCAAGGCAGAUCACACCUCCGAUUACUGCAAACUUGACCGUAGCAAACGAGUCGUCAAUGAUAUCAGAUACAACAAUAGCGGCGGAGCCAAUCUUGAGUUCAGCGGAGAGAAGUGGAAUCUCGUGA